AGUCAUGUUCGACGUUUCGUUGACAGUUUAUCACAUUUAGACACAUGUGCUUCAAAUGCGGAAUAAACACACUGCGAUCACAUUCAAAUAGUUCUUUUUUUCCACAUUUUGAACGGGGCGAAUCGUUGUACAUUUUUCGGUAUUGUCAUUGAAGUGAUUUUUGUGUUUUGCAUUGGAGUUUUCACUGUACGACUGCAGAAAUGGCCAAAAAUAAACAUUUAAAACGUAAACCAACACCAUUCACAAAAGACAAACAAAAGGAAACAGUUACCGCUGAAGCUGACGAAGAAGAGUCGGCAUCCGAUCAAGAGGAAUUGUCAUUCAAUGAUGUGAACAACGACGUUGAAAGUUCGGAUUCGGAGAAUGAAAAUAACGAUGGGGAGCAAACGUCGGAUGAUGAGUUGAGCUUUGAAAGUGACGACGAAGGAAACUAUCAACAAAAUUUAAACAAGAAGCACUUUGCCAACGCAGAAAGUGGGUCAGAGGUGGAUGAAGAAGCGUCUGAGAAUGAAUUGGACGACGACGACGACGACGACGAUGACGACGACGAGGAGGUUGAUGAUGAGGAAAUCUACGGCAGUGACGAUAGCGAAGAACUAUCAUUCGAAGAAGACAGUGAACCCGAAGAUGAGCCCAGUACAAGUAGUAAAAAGCCACCAUCAGUGAAAGAAAACGGAACAGCCAAACAAAAUUCAAAGUCAAAUGGUAUAAAUACAAAGAGUGCAAAUAAAACACAGGAAUCGGGUGUGAAAAAGAGUGAAUCGAAUGCUGUGGAGGCAUUCAAGAAUGAAUUGAAUAAAUCGGAGGGUACUUCAAGCAAAAAUGGCGCUGAAGUCGAUGAAUAUGAGAAGCACGACACCGACGAUGAGGAGGAUAUUCGAAAUACGGUCGGAAAUAUUCCAAUGCAUUGGUAUGAUGAGUACAAACACAUCGGUUACGAUUGGGAUGCAAAGAAAAUUAUCAAGCCAACAAAACGCGAUCAAUUGGAUGAUUUCUUGAAACGAAUGGAAGAUCCAAACUUCUGGCGAACGGUCAAGGAUCCACAAACCGGUCAAGAUGUUGUAUUGAGCGAGGCUGACAUUGAUUUAAUCAAACGCAUCAACUCUAAACGUAUUCCCGAUGCCAACUUCGAUGAUUACACUCCAUGGGUUGAUUGGUUUACAUCGGAGGUGGAAAAGAUGCCAAUUCGCAAUGUACCUGAUCACAAGCGUUCAUUCAUUCCGUCGGUGUCGGAAAAGAAGAAAGUGUCGCGAUUGGUGCAUGCAAUCAAAAUGGGCUGGAUCAAAACGACCGAGGAAAAAGAAAAAGCCAAGAAAGGGCCACAAUUCUAUAUGCUUUGGGAAACUGAUACCGGCAAAGAAGAGAUGCGUCGUAUUCAUGAUCAUGUAUCGGCACCAAAACGUGAUCUACCCGGUCAUGCUGAGUCGUACAAUCCACCACCUGAAUAUUUGUUUGACGUAAAAGAAAUGCGUGAAUGGCACAAAUUCAAAGAAGAACCAUCACGACGUAAAUUGCACUUUGUCCCACAGAAAUUCAGUUCACUGCGUGAGGUACCAGCCUAUCCACGAUAUAUUCGUGAACGGUUCUUGCGUUGCCUUGACUUGUAUCUGUGUCCACGUGCUCGUCGCAUGAAACUAAACAUCGAUGCUGAAUAUUUGAUUCCAAAGCUGCCGUCGCCAAAAGACUUGCAACCCUUCCCAACGAUCGAAGCGCUGAUCUAUGAGGGUCACACCGAUUUCGUGCGAACGAUUACAGUGGAACCGAAGGGUGAAUAUCUUGCAUCUGGAUCAGAUGACAACACGGUCAAAAUUUGGGAAAUUGCAACUGGUCGUUGUAUUAAAACUCUGAAAACCGGUGACAUUGUGCGUUCAGUGGCUUGGUGUCCAAAUCCAAAGAUUUCGUUGAUUGCAAUCGCAAGUGGUCAACGAUUGAUUUUGGUGAAUCCAAAAGUGGGCGAUAAAAUGCUGACCAAGAAAACCGAUGAAAUUCUCGUUGAGGCACCGAAAAUAGAUUUAUUAGAAAAUGAGCGAAUCAAAACGGCCGUUCAGUGGUCAACAAGCGAAGGCGACGAAUAUGAAAAGGGAUUCCGUUUAGUUAUUACACACUUUAAACCAAUUAAUCAAGUUACUUGGCAUGGUCGCGGUGAUUACUUUGCCACUGUUAUGCCGGAGGGAGCCAACCGUAGUACACUCAUUCAUCAGCUGUCAAAACGACGAACGCAAAUACCAUUUUCGAAGAGUAAAGGUCUUAUCCAAUGUGUUCUAUUUCAUCCAGUCAAACCAUGCUUAUUUGUGGCUACACAAAAGAACGUUCGUAUCUAUGAUUUAGUGAAGCAGGAAUUGCUUAAGAAAUUAAUAACAAAUAGUAAAUGGAUUUCGGGUAUGGCGAUACAUCCGAAGGGCGAUAACUUAUUGGUGUCGACCUAUGACAAAAAGAUGCUGUGGUUUGAUUUGGAUUUGUCAACGAAACCAUAUCAAACCAUUCGUUUGCAUAAGAAUGCCGUUCGUAGUGUUGCCUAUCACUUGAGAUAUCCACUAUUCGCUUCAGCCAGUGAUGAUCAAUCUGUGAUUGUGUCACAUGGAAUGGUUUACAACGAUUUAUUGCAAAAUCCUUUGAUAGUUCCAUUGAAAAAGUUGCAAACACACAAACCACACGAAGACUUUGGAAUAUUCGACGUUGUAUGGCAUCCAACGCAACCGUGGGUCUUCUCUUCCGGAGCCGACUCAACUAUUCGUCUCUAUACAUAAGCUUAGGGAAUAAUCCUCUGUUUCAUUUUCCAUGGAAAAUAAUAAAUAUUUUUCGAUUUAAUAAACAAA